AUGCACGCAGAUCUACCGAGGGUUUUGAACGAGUUGCCUCCUGCUAUACCCCGAGAAGAGGCGGAUCAGAGCACCUCAGCGCAAGGUCCCAAGAAGAAGACUGGACUCUGGGUCUAUAUGAUCCAGCUUUCCACCUUGUGGGGGAAGGUUCGGACGUACGCUGAACAAUGGGCCCAGCGGAACGACAAGAUGCCGCCGCCCUGGUCCAUCGAGUCUGAGUAUGCUGUCAUCGGAGCACAUCUCAUGGAUUUGGAGACGAAGUUGCCGGCCCGCCAUCGAUUCGAUCUCGCACGCUUUCCAGACCAAGACAGCCAGCAUCUUCAAAGUAACCGGGAAUACUGGGGUCCUUGGCUAUACAUCCAAUUCACAUAUCAUGCCAUACACAGCAUGUUGAAUCACCCAUUUCUGUAUUCAUCGCGACCUCAGCAGUCGGCUCAGCUGGGUGUACCCAACACGUUCUGGAAGACAUCUACAGAACUGGCUUUCAUUCACAGCACCUGGAUUGCACGGCUUGUCGACCUGGUCAAGAGCAAGGAAUACCGCGUCUCCGAUCCUUUCAUUGGUCACUGCACGGCCAUUGCAGCCACCAUUCAUAUCUACUUUUGUCGAGCUGCUGAUAGGUCGACCAGAGGGGCGGCGCAAGAGAGGCUCUCGGGCUGUCUGGCAUUCUUAGAAGAGCUGGCAUUGCUUUGGCCUUCAUCUCGAUGGUUAGUGAGUAUACACAGAUAUCCCAGUGCUUGAUACGGACACUAACCUUCGAUCAGCACGGCAGACUCCAGUUGUUGGUCCAUUCGGCAUUCGCAGCAGAUCAGUCACAGGGAAGGGUAGGAGCAGAGAAACAACAGAUAACGCCGAAGACUAUAUCGAUCAAUAAUCGGUUGAUGUGGGAUAUUCUUCUCAACAAUUUUGCUGCGCAUAGGGGCACAUCUACUUUGCCUCACGCAGGUGGCCUUUUUGAUGAGGGCUCCUUUUCCCCUCCAGACAACAUGGACGAAGAGGAGGAUAUUGUCGACAUGGAUAAUUUCCAUCUCCCCAACGUGGAGGUAAGUCUGUCAAACGGACAGGCCUUACCGCCGCAGUCGGGCCAGAGAAGAAAUACAGCAGCGCAAGGCGAUCAGGAAUUCCCAGCUAUGGAACCGUCAACCCCUCCUUCGAGGACGCCAGCUCCUGA